GGCUGUGCUAGUGGUCAUCCCCUUGACACGAGCACGAAACGAAACCGAAGGAAACAUCGGACAGGCUAGGAUAUUCCUCACUUCCGGGAAGUACCAAACCUGGCUGGUGGUACGGUACCCAACGACGCAGCCGAGAACCUCACAAAUAAGCCUGUUUGUUUAUCCGGAUGAUUGUCUCUCUCUCGGAUCACGGCGACCCAUCGGGCGACCCCGAUUUAUUUGUCUCUGAAGACGGAACGACGUUGUUUGGGGAUAAGAGAAUAAUCGCUGGGGAGUCAGGCCCAAGUGAUAGUAGUAUCACCCGUGUCGAGGCCAAUCGUAUCGCGCAGACGUGGACCCAAACGGGUGCGAACCCUUGGUUGAAGUGGGGUAUCGCCGUACUCGGGUACAUUCUUGUCCUACUUGCUGCAUUCUUGUUAUCUUUUCAGAAGAGGUACGAAACUAUCGUGACAACUUUAUCGUGGGCGCAGCUUGAUGAUGGGGGCGGCGUGGGGAGUGAUGGGGGCCCCCUUGGCGGUACUGCCACUAUCAACGCGGGAUAUACAUCGGAGGCCAGGUUUCCUAUGCUCCUUCUUCUUGUGGAUAUUACGAAUGGGGCGAGAUGGGAUACGUGCUCGGAUGUGUUUGUUUCCAGUGGGAACGCGUGGACCGACGCGAUGGACCCUCCGUCGUCCUGUGACUUUGAGGGACAUAUAAGUCAACAGCGAGUUGGGAAUUAUGAUACAUACCUGCUCGAUUUCCCUUCUAUGUCCAAUUGCAGCGUGUCCGCGCCAUCACAAUAUCUUCGCAUCAUCGCGACGUAUGAUUCAGAGGCAAACGAUGCUUCUAUCAUGGGGGUUGUUUUUCCACCUGCAACGCCUGCGGAAGUGAUAUACAGUGCUGUCGGGAAUGAUGGGAUUAAUUGCGUCCUGCAUUACAUUCCCGAAGGAGGUCGGACCGUCGGAACAAUCUCCCCUUCAACUACGGUGCAUUUGAAUGGGACGAAACGCACGGACUAUACCCUAAAUCUUCAAUGGGUUCCCCCUUCGCCUCCGUACGUUUACUACCCAAUGAGUAGUACUUUCACCGUCUCGACCACUUCCACGUCAUACCCGUAUACAUCUUCUGCCACUACUAGAACGCACGCCGCGCGUCGCUCGAUCCCAACAAAGGGACAGAGAGCCAUGAUACCGGCUCCCGUCCCACAACGGAGAGGUUCUGAUGGAAUAAUGGAUCUUUCGUUGCGAUACGAGUCAUUCCUUCAACCUGUUUCGACUGAGAAACGGCAAAUGAAUCGGGUUGAUAUUGUUUUCGAAUGUCUUGCGCUCCUUGGGGUCAUGAGUGUCAUGGCUCAAGUCAUCGAUGCUGUCGCUUUUUGGUGGAAAAGAAGAUGGUUAUGUAAAAAAGAGCACUUCGAUUGAUUAACAGCGCCCUCCCGUCCAUGAAAUUCCCCCCACCCCCCCAUCAUCAACUUUCAUUUUCGGGUGAUCGCGAGUUCGAAAGCUCGUCCUUCAGCAACCAGCAUCCUGACUGCUUAUCCUUUCGGUGGGGUGCAAAAUUGUCUAUCAAAGAUGCACAGGCACAUUUAUCAUUAUUGCUUUCGUUGGGCAAUCAUCACGUCAUGUACUAUUAAUUGCGCAUCUCUGUACUAUUGCUUAGCAAAAUGGAUUUUUGGCAAUUU